AUGCUUCUGGACGAAACUGUGGCUGAGCAUGGAAGUUUGGCCAAAUCGGGCACAGCGUUCGAUGAGCAGAAUGGCUCGAAGGAAGAAGUAGCAACCGAAGAAUACCAAAAGUUAUGCUGUAUUAUUAAUCAGCUGCGUGGUGAUCUCUUCUUUCAGCAGUCAAUGCUGGUUAAUGACAGUGCCGCGUGGAACAUUUGUCUUCAUUACAUGCGAAAAAUGGAGCAGAUUGUGUCACAGUUGAACUCGCACAGCUCGACUAGUGUAGCUGCCCAAGGCCUUCGAUCGUUAACGGAAGAGCUUUCGCAGGUACUUCCUACUGUAUCGGAUCACGCCGUGCAGCUGUCUAGAUGGAUGCGAUCAGUACAAGACGCGUGUUUGAAACUGGAGCACAUCCAGGGGUCUUCAUUUAGGGACCCUGACUUCCAUUCUGGUUUCGAAUUGCAAGAUAUCUCUCGGCAGCAGAAUUUGCUUGCGCUGAACACAAAUAUUCUGGCAUGCCAAGCAGCCGGCGGUUCUCGAGGUUCGAUAGAAUCGCCGCCCCAAGUUCAACGGGUACCGAGGAUCAGCGCUUAUGCUGUAUCUUACUCUGGUGAGUAA